UCAUAGAGCCAACACCAAAAAAAAGCCCACCAAUUCACCCAACAGUACAACAUACAACGCCCAAAUACAACAUACAAUUUUCCCUUACGAAGCCAUCUCACUGUUAAGGGGGGAUUUUUUGUUUUGAAAACGCAGCUUUUGGGGGUAUACUCUUAAGAACACAAUUUUGCAACUCAAAGAAAUCAAAUCUAUCUGAAUUCCUAAAAUUAUAGUUGAACGUUUUGUUUGUUGUUUUUCUGCUCGUCGGAAUCCGGUGAAGCUCCGCUUGAGGUGAAGUCAUUGCUCUUCAAUUCGUUCGUCCCACUUUGCUGCUCCGGAAAAGAUGAGGAUAGCUGUAGAAGGGUGUAUGCACGGAGACUUGGAUAAUGUUUAUUCCACCUUAUUGCAUUUGCAAGAAGUUCAAAAUAUAAAGAUUGAUCUCCUUUUAUGCUGCGGCGACUUUCAGGCUGUUAGGAAUGAGAAGGAUCUGGAAAGCUUAAACGUGCCACCUAAAUUCCGGAGCAUGAACUCUUUCUGGAAGUAUUACUCAGGAGAGAAAGUAGCACCGUUUCCAACUAUAUUUAUUGGAGGAAACCACGAAGCAUCCAAUUACCUUUGGGAACUGUACUAUGGAGGAUGGGCAGCACCUCAGAUAUACUUCCUUGGAUUUGCUGGAGUAAUAAAGUUUGGCAACAUUCGAAUUGGUGGCCUUUCUGGAAUUUAUAAAUCACACCAUUACAAUAUGGGGCACUAUGAGAAGCUACCUUAUAGUGAACAGGAUAUUCGAUCGAUAUAUCACGUUCGCGAGUAUGAUGUCCACAAGCUCUUGCAAAUUGAGGAACCAAUUGAUAUCUUUCUUUCACAUGACUGGCCUGUUGGCAUCACCGCCUGUGGGGACUUGAAAGCUCUUCUUCGUCAAAAACCUUUCUUUGAGCAAGAGAUUCAGGAAGGAACUCUGGGAAGCAAACCUGCUGCAGAAUUACUGGGAAAGUUGAGGCCGCCUUACUGGUUUUCUGCACAUCUGCACUGCAAAUUUGCUGCUUUAGUUCAGCAUGAGAAGGAUGGUCAUUCCACUAAGUUUCUUGCUCUUGAUAAGUGCCUCCCUGGUAGAAACUUUUUGCAGGUUAUUGAAAUUGAGUCCGGACCAGGACCACAUGAACUUCAACUUGAUGAAGAAUGGUUGGCUAUCACAAGAAAGUAUAAUGCUGUCUUGCCCUUGACAAUCAAGAAUGCGAACUAUAAUAGUGUGCAUCUCGGCACAGAACAGUGCCUCCAGUUUGUAAGAAAUAAGCUGCAGACAAGAGGAUCCAAGCCGUUUGAAUUUGUUCAGACUGCGCCAUGCUACAAACCUUUUCAACCUGUAGCUGACGGUGUCUUCCAUGGUUUCUAUAAAAACCCUCAGACAGAAGCUCUUCUACAGUUUCUGGAACUUGAGUAUCUUCUCAAUAAAAUGCUAGAAUCAAGGAAGCCUGCUGCAAAUCUAGCCCCAUUAAUUUCAGGAUGUUCCUUCGAUUACCUCGGUGAAGAUAUACCCAUAGAUGAUAUAGAUGAUACAGAGGAUUCCAAAGAGGUUGACCCGGAAUAUGCUCAAGAAGGAUAAAUCUUAAGCUCAGAUCUUGGUACUGAAGUAGCUUAAAGGAGAUUAAGUUGGAUUUGUUGGUUUGUGAUUAUUUGAAAAUCAGUUGGUGCGAAUGUCUUCACCGAGGACAUGGUCUUUGAUAGGAGGUUGUGGAGGACAUAGAUUAGGUUAGUAGGUUACCAAGUAGUAGAGGGUUGUCUAGCUAUUUUUUAGUAUUUUGUCGUUCGAUUUUUGUUACUAUGUGGUGUUUCUUGCACUUUGAUUAUACCAUAUUAUUUUGUUGUACUUAUUGUUCAACGCGAGUUAUUAUGCUUUCACAUA